CUAAAUCCAUACCUUAUGGUGGAAGUUCAUUUUGUAACAAGUGCAAUUAUAUUUUUACUUUUUUAACUCAUUAAAAAUAAUCAUAGAUAUAUUCUUCCGCAUCGUGAGCCGACUGAAAUAUCAGUAAUCCGAUAGCAAAUUUUGACAUGAGUGCUCAAGUUUGAACCAUGGCUGCCUGUAUAAGAGGACCAAGGACUUUGGCCAACAGCUCUGAACUCAACCAUAAAACUAACUCAGCCAGUAACUACAAAGCAUUUAUCAAGACUUACUCAAAAUGGGUGAACCAUUAUUUGGAAAAAGCACGAAGCAAAAAAUUAAUACAAGACCUCCAGGCCGAUCUCACAGAUGGGGUUUUAUUAGCUGAUGUCAUCGAGGCAGUCACCAGCCAUAAGGUCCCAAACAUCAACAGGAAACCAAAGACAGCAACUCAAAUGUGUGAAAACAUCCAGGCGUGCCUGUGCUUCCUGGAGCAGCUUGGGAUAGCGCUGGAUGGCAUCAACGUUCGGGAGGUGCGAGAGGGAAACCUUAAAGCCAUUCUGGGCCUCAUUUUCGGUCUGUCCGUUCACAAGCAGCGUCAGAAGCAACAGCAGCAGCAGCAGUCGCCACAGCACCAACAAACUCCACCGCCGGUCCAACAUGUCGCCGUCGAGAGGGACAAAGCCCAAAGGCACUCCGCAUCUGGUCAAGAAUCCGGCCUCACAAAGCUUCCAAGUCCGUUCUACAACCACACGAACGACCCUGGAUCGGGUUCCGGGAGUGGGAUCCCUACUCCGGCGAGCACUGGCGCCAGGCCGAGCGCCAUCGAACGCUUCAACGGACUCAACACCGCUGUGACUCCAUUGAAGUCUGCAUCAACUAAUAGCUCUCGAUCGACGAGCCCUUCUCACUCCUUUAUUCCAGCACCGAGAGUCUCUGCUCGCAGCUCUCUGAAUGAAAAGCAACUCACUGGUAGUGGAGUUCCUCGGAGCAGUAAUGUUCCCACACGUGUUAGUUUGGCAAGCCCCUAUAAUCCUGCAAAUACCAAAUCAUCCAUCAUCUUUACACCCAAAGAGAAACCAAAAUCAAGUAUCGGUAGUACCAAAAGAACAUCUAGUUCGAGUGGAUUCAGUUCAGCCAGAUCGGAAAGAAGUGAUUCCUCAAAUAGCCUGUAUAAUGAUCCUAAGCAAACGACUCUUGAGAAGAAAAUUCCUUCCUCAACAGAUUCAGCACUGCGGAAAAAGCUUAUCAAGACUGGUGAAUCUAAAAUAGCAACAAAAGCUAAUUGUAAAGUUCAACAAAUUAGACCUUUAAGCAAAGCUGCCUUAGAUAAACAAAACGAGCUUACAAACUCAAUAAGUUCUGAGACAAGUGAUGAGUCAAGACUUAGCAUUGGAGGUGGCAGCAGCAUACCAAAACCACUAGCAGCAGUUAAAGGAACAAGCAAGCCGACUCAUUGUGUGUCCCCGAUGCCUGUUUUAGAACAAACCACUAUCGUCAUUGAAAAUGAUGAAAGCAUCAAGAAAAAAGAAGAUGACGAUGAAAAGAAAGCGAAAGAAGAAAUAAAAGAAACUGAGAAGAUUGUACCACCAACUGUAAACAACCACACUAAACAAGUUUCUGUGGAUGAGGAAGACUGUUUAUCAAACAUCAAGCCAAUGCAACCAAUGAGAGGCUAUCCCAAGCAAAACGGCAUGCUGCAGCGGGCUCACUUAUCCACAGAACAACUAGCAAUGCAUCAUCAGUCAAUGGGGAUGCAGUCUCAAAACUACAUGAGGCACCUAGAAAACAGCAGGACAAGGUUGAACUCUGACCACUCGGGUAUGAAUGGUUACCUCUCUGACGGUGAAAUCCUUCAAAACGGGUCAAGUUCAAGAUCAGUGUCAGAUUUCUGUGAUGGCUAUAUGUCAGAGGGAACAGCAAUUUAUGGUUCUUCUCCCAAUCACCAAAGAAACGGGGCUUACAGUCAACCUGGAAAAGACAGUAAACCUCAACCAGUGCAACGGAUAUUGGUCAAACCAAAGUCCAAAAAAUUGAAUGACGACCAAUCUAAAAAUGGAGAGAGUAGGUCUUCUCCAUCCACACUCAAUACCAAAGAAAAUCAUGUUAAGAUAUUAGUCGGAGAGCAAGUAAUCUCAUCAAUGGAUUAUCGAGGAACUAAUGGUGGAGAGCCUUCACCCGCUAUAAUCUAUCGCUCUGGGAGGAGUCAUGUUAAAAAAUCGGAUAGCAGCCAACAAACUGAAACGAGCGCAUUCCCUGCCAAGCAGUGGAAUUCAGAUUCUUCCAGGACACCAGAAAAGCGAAUCGUAUCCCAGAGAAAGUUAGAUAAAAAGUCAUCAGAUUCUCAUUCAAGAGAAGAAUUAACGUGUAUAGAAUAUUGUAAUGGUGAUAGAAAAUUAAAUCUAAGGGACAGUAAGAACAAAGUACGCGGAGUGCCUCCCAGUUUUGGCUAUACAAAACGACCAACAAAUGGUGAUGGAGGUAAAGGUGAAACUCGAACAGCACAAGUCUCCGCAGUGCCUCGCACCAAGGUUAAAGUCUCAGGUGGCACACAGACGGAAUCCAUCAACAACUCUCAGAAUGUUCGAGAUAGAAUUAGCACUUUUCCUCGCACCAGUUAUUCAUCCCAUGUUCCUGGUGACCUAAGCGAAGCAGAAUCCUUACCUGCCUCUCAAUCACAUCAUAGAGUUAGUUUAGCCAGACUGAGUAGAAGCAAUAGUAUAAGCUACCUACGAGACCGGACUUUCCCCAGAUCAACAAAAUCAGAAAAAGUCUAUCCGUCAAUGCUUCAGCGUUCUGAGGAGUUAGAAUCUUAUUACAACAUCCCCUACAACUUAAACCACUCAUCACAGCCGACAAGUCCAACACCUAGUCAAAUGUCCCAAGGAACGAUUUCAAGAAUGUACUAUCAAAUGUGGCCAGGAGGAGGGGGAUCCAUGUGGAGCGCCCGUAACAUGGGCCUCCUGUCUAAAGUUGGAAGCAAAGAAGAUGACGUUCAUGGAUCAGCGGUCAGUCUUUAUAGUACGCCAGAAGAGAAACAAGGACUUGAAGUUAGGAAACUCCGGAGGCAGCUAGCAGAUGCUCAUGACAAAGUACACACGCUAACCACCCAACUUUCUACAAAUGUGAGUUUUUCUUUCAUUCCAUCUGCAUGCAUAUAUUGUUUUUUCCUCAGGCAAAAUUUACUUUCCUUUAUGAUGUGGAUUUUGUGUCGGAUGUUCGGUAUUAUUUAG